AUGUCUGACGGCUGGGGAUCCCCCGAGCAGAAGCCGGCGGCCCCCAAGGAGGCUGCCGGGCCUUCAGCUACCGAUGCGAAACGUCCUGAGAAGCCAGCUGGUGACUGGGGUCAGCCCGUUGCAUUCGACUAUACCGAAACUGAUGUUGACCGCAAGUGGGGCAGCAACGGCGCCAUCUAUGAAUGGGAUGGCGAAGAAGGCGAAGUCGCCCCUGUGAAUCCAAGUCUGGAACUCGAGCUCUUCGGUUGCCCGGAGGAGCGACACUGCGCCGGCGUCGAUUUCUCCAAGAUCGCGGAGAUCAGUGUCUCCCAAGAGGGUGAGAAACGUAUCAUCCCUAUCUCGCACUUCAAAGAAGCGGGUCUUCACCCUCUCAUGAUGAAGAAUAUUGAGAUGGCCGGCUACAAAACACCGACCCCCAUCCAAAAGUACUGCAUUCCGGCGAUCAAGAUGGGACAUGAUUUGAUCGCCAUUGCUCAGACAGGUUCGGGCAAAACUGCAGCAUAUCUGGUUCCUAUUUUGAACGAGCUGAUGGGCAAAGCCAAAAAGUUGGCUGGUCCCCGUCCACCUCAGCAAGCCGAGAAUGGACCACGUCAAUACGUACGAGCCGAGCCUUUGGUACUCGUGGUUUGUCCUGCUCGAGAACUAGCAAUUCAAAUCUUUGACGAAGCGCGUCGUUUCUGCUACCGCACAAUGCUUCGUCCUUGUGUUGUCUAUGGAGGAGGACCUAUUCAGGAGCAACUCCAGCAGAUUGGACGAGGCUGCGAUGUCCUCGUCGCCACUCCUGGUAGGCUUAUCGAUAUCAUGGAGCGCUCGCACCUGUUCACACUUCGUCGACUUCGAUACAUGGUGAUCGACGAGGCUGAUGAGAUGCUCGACAUGGAUUGGCAGAAUGAAUUUGAGAAGAUCCUCACUGGUGGAGAACAAGAGCAAGGAAAUGUGAAGUACAUGCUAUUCUCGGCCACUUUCCCUGGCGCUGUUCGCAAACUCGCCAAGGACCAUCUUGCGAUGAAUCAUAUUCGCAUUCGCGUGGGCCGCAUCGGAAGCUCUCACGCAAAUAUUACGCAAGACAUCAUCUUCGUGAAGCAGGAGCUGAAGCGAGAGGCUCUUCUUGAUCUUCUGUACUCGCUAUCUCCUGGCCGAACCAUCAUCUUCGUCAACAGCAAGCGCACGGCAGACGAGAUUGAUGAUUUUCUCUUCCACAAGGGUAUGCCUUGCACUUCGAUGCACUCGGACCGCACUCAGCGAGAGCGCGAGGAUGCAAUGCGAGCGUUCCGCUCUGGAAAGUCAGCCCUUCUGGUCACCACUGGAGUUACGGCUCGUGGAAUCGACGUACGUAACGUCCGCUACGUUGUCAACUUUGAUCUUCCAAGUGCGGACCACGGCGGCAUUCAGGAAUAUGUUCACCGCAUUGGUCGAACUGGCCGCAUUGGAUACACCGGUUCUGCCACCUCGUUCUACACUGAGCGCGAUGAGGCUCUCGCUGGAGAUUUGACCAAGAUUCUCAUGGAGACUCAACAGCCGGUGCCUGACUUCCUCCAGCAGUACAUCCCCGAGGGUGCAGAUCCAAAGAACUUCAAAAUGGAGGACGACAAGAGCGACUUCGAAGAAGAGGAGGGGGAUGCCGGAGACACAUGGCAGACAGAUGGGCCCAAUGACGGCCAGAAUGCUGGUAGUUCUUGGGUUUCUGGCGGUGCAGAUGACAGCUGGGGUGCGCCCUCGGCCGGAGGAGCUGCUGCGGAUGGUUGGGGUUCUGGUGGCAACUCAGGAGGUGACUCCUGGGUGAAUGCAGGCAAUGCAGAAGUUGACUGGAGAAAAUUUUCAGUCCUCAACCGCCCACCGCCCAGCUACCCAGGCCACGUGCCGCUGACGGGCUUCGAGCGCGCCGCCCUAGCCGUCGGCUCCGGCAUCGCGUCCUUCGUAAACCCGUACCGGGGGGACAUGAUCGCGGCUCUAGGCGAGGCCACCGCGUCGCCGUACUUCAUCCAGCGGCUGCGACGGGCGAUGCUCGCAUCCGCCACGGGGCGCCGGAUCUUACGGGACCGGCCGCGAAUCACCUCGGCGUCGCUGAACCUGCCGUUCCUGCGCUCGCUGCCGCAGAACACUGUCGGCGGGACGUACGUGGCGUGGCUGGACCGGGAGGGCGUGUCGCCGGACACGCGCAGCGGGGUGCGGUUCAUCGACGAUGAGGAGUGUGCGUACGUGAUGCAGCGGUACCGCGAGUCGCACGAUUUCUACCACGCGCUGACGGGCCUGCCGAUCGUGCGCGAGGGCGAGGUCGCUCUCAAGGCCUUCGAGUUCGCCAACACACUGCUCCCCAUGACGGGGCUCUCGCUGCUCGCCGUCGCGACGCUCAAGCCGGCGGAGCGCAGGCGCUUUUUUACGAUAUAUGCGCCGUGGGCGGUGCGCAACGGCUUGCGCUCCGAUGAGGUUAUUAAUGUGUAUUGGGAGGAGGAGAUGGAGACGGAUGUGGAUGCGUUGAGGGCCCGGUUGGGCAUCGAGACGCCGCCUGAUUUGCGCGAGAUACGGAAGAGGGAACGCGCAGAAAAGAAGAAGCAAGACGAAGGGGUUGGAGGAAGUAGCUGGUGUGCAGACUGCUGGGAGUUGAGAUGGUUGCGAAGAAAAAGAAAAAGGGGUAUUUAA